UUAACUGCAUAUGAAUCUGUAUAACGAUUAUCUAUGUAGUAUAUAAGCUGGAUGUCAUCAAUAUUCAUUUGAUAAUCGAGAUCAGACAUGGCGGUAGACGGCCGAAAAUUUAAUGAAUCACUUUCACAAGGUUCGGAGGAUUAUUAUGAUUUUCCGUGCUCACCGUGCACAAAGGAAGGUAGAAAUGUACCUGGAACAAGCCACUGUGUUGAUUGUGGUGAAAAUUUAUGCGCAUCGUGCCUUAAGGAUCACAACAAAUUUGCGGUUAUGAGAGGACAUCAGAUUUUGAAUAAAGCACAAGAUCGAAGUGAUGGUAGAUGCCAGUUACCUAAUCAGAAAUGUACUAAACAUGGUGGAAAGUUAAUCGAUGUGUACUGCCCUGGUCAUGACACGGUCGGCUGUUCUACAUGCAUUGCUGUUGACCAUAGUUCUUGUCAAGGGAUCAUAUUUGUACCCGAUGUUGCGAAAGGCAAAAGUGAUGCAACUGCUAUGGAACUUAAGGAUCUGGAAGCAAAGAUGGAAGUUUUGUACACUCGGCUUGUCUCACUAAAACAGAGAAAAGACGGGGACUUAGAAUAUUUGCAACAAGAUAAAGACAGAAUAAAGGCAGAAAUGCAGACUCUUAGAAAGAAAAUUAAUGACCAUUUAAACACGCUGGAAGAUAAUCUGAUUCGUGAACUUGAUGCAAAAUAUGACGUUCUGAAACGGCAGAACAUAGAUGUUGAUAUUGAAGGAAUCAACUGUUUCCUAGAGGAGCUAAAAAGAAAUCAGCUUCUACUUCAAAGAGGGGGUAAUGAUUCGGAACUAUUUGUUUUGUUGAAAUCUGGAAAUAUAAAUCUACGAAAAUGUAGCACAUACGCCGACGAAAUAGAACUGUCUACGAAAACGAGAAGAUUGGAACUCAGAGUCGACAGACGUUUGCAGAAUAUCAUUGUUGAUAUAGAAUGCAUCGGUCGUAUAGCUGAAAAAACAGUCGAAAUCUCGGCGAGCUUCCAAGGCAAGUAUAACAUUCGUGUCAACGAUGAUAAAGAAUGUGAACAAGUGAACGGUAUAUGUGAAACAUCAGAUGGGGCUAUCAUUAUCACUGAUCAUAGCAACAGGCGGGUAAAGAAGCUUGACUGCAAAUAUAAAGUAACAGCACAUGUUGACCUACCUGGUAGUCCGUGUAGCGUGUGUCAGGUUGACGAGACACGAAUUGCUGUCACCAUGAUGGAGUUGAAGAAAGUUCAGCUAGUUUCCUACAAUGAACCGAUGAAAUUACUAUCAUCAUUCAGUGUUGGAGAUCAUUGUCGAGGUGUAUUGCACCACAAUGGCCUGCUGUAUGUCUGCUGUGGAGGAUCGAAGAUAAUUCCUGGUGAGGGCCCCGGGCAUCUGGAAAUUUACAGUACGAAAGGAGUGUUGCUUAGAUCUAUUUACGAAGCGAUGGAAACACCUACACGUGCAGAAAUUUCAAGCGACGGGAAAGUAAUAUAUGUUUAUGAUGCUUACUCUGGACUUGUACUGAUUGACAACAAUGGCACAAUCCCUUCUCAUCAUAAGUACAAACAGUUAAAGUUAUCAGGUGGCAUGUGUAAACUAAAUGAUGAUUUACUUUGCCUAGGUGGGCACGAGUCCAACAAUAUUGUCGCGGUCACAGCUGAUGGGAAGUUUCAUCAAGAACUACUUACACGUAAGGACGGUAUUAAGAAUCCACUUUCGUUGUGUUAUGAUGAGAAGAAAUCUAGACUGACUGUUGCCAUGUAUAAAGAAGAUGAUUUAAAGGUUUUUACCUUGAACAUGUAGUUUCGGCUUUUACCUUAAGUACGUGUAAUACAUGUGUCACCGAGUUCUUACAAAUAUGCCAAAGAUUUUCAUUGAUUGCCAUGGAUAAGUCUCUUUGAUUUUAUAGUUGCAUUAAUAACUUCAUAUAAAAGCGAUAUGCUGUAUCGCCAUGAGGAUUCCUCCUCAGUCAAUAUAAUCUGGAAAGUAGAUCCCUAGGAAGUCAUGUUUACUUGCUCACUUGGGGUGGCCGCAAGGGUAUUAUUGAGGGUAGUGUUUCCUUAAUUUCAGUGUGGAUGUAAUUUUGACAGGAAAAAUGACGAAGGCUGUGUUUGGCGAAGUAAAACUCAGUUGUAUUCUGAGCAAUAAUAUCAAAAGACACUUGGCUUCUACUUUUCUCUUUAUUUUAUGCAAGGUUUCUUCAAAAUGGGGUAAAUGUUAUAUAGUACUAUAUUCAACAGUAUGGUCGAAAAGAAAUCACAAAGUUUGGGAAUCGUUGAACGUAACCAAGCAAAAUAAUAGCAGACUCGGUUUGAGUGAGUCUGUUCAUAAGAAAUAAUCAAACGUGUUGAUAAGAAAUAAUUAAACUUGCAUCAUAGAAAAGGUUUUUGUCAAUUACCAAAUAGCAAAAUAAAAGUAACUCGAGCAUUACCCAAUCUACAGUAAAGCCAAAAUGACACUUGAGUUUACUCAAAUGGAAAGAUCUUGUUGCUUUAUAUUUUGAAAUUGUUGUAGUAUAUUUGUGAAACAGGCUAUAGCAGAGACUCUUUAGAUCAAUAUUUGUUAUAAUUAGAACUUCGUGAUUUUGGAUGUCUGUAAAUUAAGCUGAGAGAUAACGAUUGUUAAUUCUUUAGAAAAUUUAAACAGCCGAUACAUGUGAAAUUCUGAUGUAAGUUGUAAAACUAACUGCUGCUAGCUUUGUAUGAAUCGGUGAGUCACCUUGUCGCGGGAAAUUCAAAUCACGGAAGGGGUCCGUGCUUGAUAUUCAGGAACUUUUUCGCUAUUUUGUGAAAAAAAAACGAGCUGGAUAGGCCCCAUU